CAUGACGAUUUUAAAUACCUUGUUCAUAUUGCAUCGAUUAAUUGAGGUAUAUACUUACAAGUUUUAUACUAUUUCAUGACGAUACAGAACGCAUGAUAUUCGUGCACAGAACGCAUGCUAUAUCGUGCACCAAAACGUAUGUGUACUGACCCGCAAAAAAAACUUAUGUGUAGUGGCUGCUGCUAGUAUGGUACCAAUGGACUCAGAGGGAACAACUUGUCUAUAUAUAAAUGAAGCCAUCGCCAUGUCCUUGCAUUUGCACCUUACAUCCAAGUAGUCCUCCCCAAACCGCACUAGCGAUAAUAAUGUCACUCAUCUCCACAGCACUUGUGCUACUUGUUCCCCUAGGUCUUUACUUGUACAUGUGGUCUAGUACUCGUAGUAGAUCAAAUGACCCAGCAUCAGUGCUCCCCACAAAAUGGCCAAUAGUAGGCAUGCUCCCUGGUCUCGUGGCCAACAUCUACAACUUCCAUGAGUACAGCUAUGCGCUCCUCGCCGGAUCAGGCCUCAACUUCAAUGGGGACGGCCCGCCUGGGGCCGGGAUGCGGUUCUUCAUCACCUGCGACCCUGCCAACAUCCAGCACAUCUUCACAACCAACUACUCCAACUUCCCCAAGGGCGCCAAAUUCGCCGCCAUAUUCGACAUCAUGGCUGGUGGCUUCUUCACCAUCGAUGGCGAGCUGUGGCGCUUGCGCCGCAUGAAGUUCGUGGGCGUGAUCAGCAGCCCACGGUUUGCUGACCGUGUGGCAGCUCAUUGCCAUGACAAGGUGAAGAACCACCUCCUCCCGUUGCUUGCCCGCAUGGCGAGCACCAGCACUUCAUUCGACAUGCAAGAAGUAAUGGCGAGGUUAAUGUUUGACAUCACCGCCAUGACAGUCUUUGGCGUUGACCCUGGCUUCCUGUCCUUGGACAUGCCUCCGAUUGACGCCUCCCUUGCCAUGGACACAGUCAUGGAGGUGGGAUUUCUCCGACACACCAUGCCGGCCUCUUUGUGGAAGACAUUGAGGUGGCUAAAUAUUGGUCCCGAGAGAAGGCUCCACGAAGCGAACAGAGUGCUCCGCAGGUUUGUCGUGGAUACGAUGGAGAGGGGGAAGACCAACGGAGGCCAAUAUGAGGAUGAAGAGGUUGUGGGGGAUAUUUUAUCUCUCUACAUCAAUGACCCAGACUAUGCUGACGAUGACUUGCUCUGUGGGACACUCAUUAGCUUCAUGCUCGCUGGGAGGGACACAAUCGGCACAACUCUGCCAUGGAUAUUCUACAGCCUCGCCCAGAACCCUAAUGUCGUGUCAAUCAUCCGUAAUGAACUCUCACCUAUUGCAGCGCACAAAGUAGCCCAUGGCAUGGGUGCCACGGUCAUCUUUGAGCCGGAGGAGACCAAAUCUCUGGUCUAUCUGAGAGCCACCUUGUAUGAGACUCUCAGGCUAUACCCACCAGCGCAUAUGGAGCGCAAGACGGUGGUUGCCGAUGAUACCAUGCCAAGUGGACAUGAGGUGUACGCCGGUGAUGCCAUCUACAUCUCUCUCUACUCCAUGGGAAGAAUGGAGAGCUUGUGGGGUAAAGACUGCCUUGACUUCAACCCAAACAGAUGGCUCUUGGAGGAUAGCAACAAGAUCAAGUACGUGCCAUCUAACAAGUUCCUGGCCUUCAACUCGGGCCCAAGGAUGUGCCCAGGCAAGGAAAUCGCAGUUGUGCAGAUGAAGACCAUCAUUGCCGCAGUCGUGUGGAACUUUGACCUGGAGCUGGUGGAGAGCCAGAGCAUCCAACCAAAGCUAUCUUGUUUACUGCAGAUGAAAAAUGGGCUCAUGAUGAAGCUGAAGAAACGAGAAGCGUAACACAAACUUUCUUUUGUUGACCAGGGUUUGGGAUUUCCCAGCAUGUGUGCCACAAUUGUCUUAGAAUGCGUGUGUGGUGUACGUGUGUGUCCAUAUACAUAUUUUCGCUUUCAUGUCGGACAACUUUAUUCACGGCAACGGGUGGAUUUUUUUUAUGAAUAAUUGCCUGAGAAAUCAGCUAUGGCUUGGAUGGUGCAAAUGUUCUUGGAAAUCAUGUAGAAAAAAAAAAUACCGGAACAUCAUGAUAAUAAUGUAAGAUUAUCCAAGUAAAUGACCGAAAAUUUAAGGAAUUCAGUACAUAUAUUUUUGGUAGUGAAUGGGUGUGUGCAUCGUAUGAUGCAGAGGCCGAGACGAUGCCUCCUUAUUGAGAAAAAAAAUAUUUGUUGUAGCAAGCUGAACUGUUUGUUUUUCUUGCCAGGCACACAGACAUAUAUUUUUCAGCGUAUGCCUCUCUCCAUGUAUUUUUUAGUACUAUAGUUUUUCUUUUAAUUAUAUAUUUGUUACUCUGAAAAUACUUUUACCAUCUAUAUCAUCAAUCUAUUUGCAAAUCUCAAGCACCAAAUUCAAUUAAGAAUUGCACAAGGAUGUUUUGGUGGCAUAUGUAAGGAGUUUUUAAUUUUUUUUGGCUAUAUCGGUCAAUUGCCCGCGCCUUGUCUUUAGUGUCUUUAGUACUGUAGUUUUUUUGGCCAUACCAGCUUCCCUC